AUGAAGAAUUUAUGGCAAGAGCAGCAAAAGACAGACGUAAAGGAGGAUGUCAAAGAUGAGCCGCUGUCGGGGCGCUCUACAACAAGCACAACUCCAGGCAAUGUGGAACGAGUUCGACGGAUGCUUGCGGCAGAUCGACGACUAUCUUUAAGAAUGAUAGCUGGCGAAUUGCAGAUAAGCCUAGAUAGUGUGAGCACCACUGUGCACAAACAUUUGCAUAAACGUAAGAUAUGCACCCGGUUUGCACCGCACUCGCUGCCAGAUGAGCAAAAGCAAUACCGUAUGGAAACCUCUGGAGAUUUUAUCGACAUGUGUGACCGGAAUCCACAAUUCUUGGAAACAAUAAUUACAGGGGUGAGUCGUGGUGCUAUCAAUACGAUCCGGAUACCAUGCAGUAAUCUAUGGCAUGGUGUUCAACGUCGUCACCAGAUUCUCGUGAAUUCGUACCCGCGGCUACAACCCGUCAAUGCGGAAUAUUACGAGGGGGUUUUAAAACGGUUGCUGCUACUCAUAUGCCGGAUUCGGCCACAGUACUGGAAUGGACAGUGGAAUCUGCUCCAUGACAACGCCCGGGCGCACACUGCGAUCCGUGUAACCCAUUUCCUCCACAGACACCAGGUUCCAGCUUUGGAUCACCCUCCAUAUUCUCCAGAUCUGGCUCCCGCGGACUUCUUCCUGUUUCCCCGCCUCAAAGGAGUUCUGAAAGGCCAACACUUUUCUGACAUUACUGAGAUCCAACAACGUGUGACAACGGUGCUUCGAGCCAUACCGAAAGAAGCGUUUGCAGACAGUUUCCAACAAUUCUACACCCGAUGUCAAAAGUGUAUUGUUGCUGAUGGCGAAUACUUUGAAGGCCAGUAA